CUACCCUAGAUUCAAAUUAAGUUUCUCAUUCACUCUAUUGGCAACCAAGAACACAUAAAUCGAAAACAUUUCUAGGGACGAAAACCCUAGAUUCACUCUUUUGUCAAUUUGUUUCCAUUAAAUCUUGUAUUUUUCAUUUUUUUUCCUUUGAUUUCGUUUCUAUUGCGUCUUUGAUUUAUGUUUUUUUUUUCAUGGAUUCAUCUGUAGAUGGAGAAACAAAUAUUUCUAGAGAUGGGAAUCGCAAAGCAAUUGAGAGGAAAAACUUGCUUCGACUGUGACAUGGAAAUAUUUUUUCCCCCUAAUUUCCUUGCCUUUGUUUCCUACCUUCAUGGGUGAAGCUGUAAAGGAAGGUCAGUGUCUCAGUUUUGGGUUCUAAUGAUGGUCAAUAGGUCAAAACCUUUUGAAGGUUUGCUUCUCUAUUACACUUUUCUUGUUUACUUUCAAAUAAUUUUCUAAACCGUACCAAGCAUGGUGUUUGGUUUGUGUGAUUCUAUAUAAAUUAUUUUCUGAUUUUGAUCAGAUUAAGGGAUGGUGAUUUUCAACUUUGGAUUUCUUGCUCUUUCUCUCGCUAUUCUGUGAAUUCAGGAGGGGAUUGACAUUGAGUGAUUAAUGUGUAAUGGCAAAUGAGAUUUUUCUUGGUUCAAUUAAAUUUCAUUUUAAUUUGUUACAACUUUAGGUUGGUCCAUGUUAAUUGGGUUUUAAUUGAUAUGAAUAUUAAGCAAAAUUUGUUUUUGAGACUUGGUUAAGCUUAUUUUCUGUUUUCGAGGGAAGUUUCAAUUUGACCACACUUAAUAGUAGGAGAUAACAUGAUCUUAUAAUCUUCUUUACCUAUAAUUUUUCUUAUAGGUGAUAUUGCCCAAGGGAACUAGGCAAACUAUUAAGGUGGUUAUUUUUGCUCAAGGUAGUUUCUCCACUUUCA